AUGGGAGCCUCCUCGUUCGCAGGGGUUUACCCGCCGCGGGUUCACCGAUCGAUCCUCGCAGAGUUUGCGUACAAUCCACUUCCUACCGCACCCCGUCUUCGCACCCGUACUCGUACACGCCAACCGCUCGUCUAUGAAGGGUUGAUUCAAGGAGAUGAAGCGAUCAGGCAGCUCAGCCAGUAUGUUCGUCCUGAGGAAGAGACGGAGGACGAUGAGGAGGGCGAAGUCGAGGAAGAGGACGAGGAGGAUGAUGUUACCGGACAAGAGGCAGCUGAAUGGCGACGGAUAUUGAAUGAGUGGUCAUCACAGAACCCUGGGAAGUUCGGAGGCACCCAAGUAGAAUGUACCUUUAUGGAUCCCGAAUCGGAAGACGAACCCGUGUUGGACGACGGAGACGACAGCGACAUCAACGACACGCCCGUUUAUACAUCGAGGCGCGUCGCAAAGAGCCGCAAGAGAUAUAAGGGAUCGGAUAUCGCCUCGGAUUCCGACGAAUCCACACACACAUCCGACGAUAGCAGUAUCUCCUAUCACUCAGACCGACCAGACGACGAGAGGACUGAGGAUUCCGGAACCAGUAUACAUACAGACGAGACUGCAGAGUCCAUCUUCUCUACCGAUUCGGUACCACACCCUCAUGAUCUUCCGAUACAAGAUUACAACCACGGAUUGCGCAAAGGACUACGAGAAGAAUAUCGAAAAUUGCGACUCUGCGCCGACGAAUUGCGAUCCCCGUUCUCGUCUUCGCUUGCGGGGAUAGCAGCUAAUGUGAAAAAGCUCGAACGUGGGCUUGACCAAGUAUAG